AUAAUAUUAGAAAGUCAGCUCUCUUGCUCUGCUUAAUUCGGAAUUUCCCAAACGAAAACCAGAAAAGCGAAUCAUUUGGAGUGUUGAUAUGGAGAACAACAACUACAGCAUCAUAUCGAGGGAGAAGCUGGACCAGGUGGCGAGCUGGGUGGGCUCCACGGUUGCCUCCGCCUUCUUUUCCUCCCUCGAGCGCUUCUCCUGCGUCAACCUCUCCACCGCCGACCCCGACGACGACGACGACCCCGACGAGGCCAAGGACCGCCCUCUCACCCUCCAGCACCACCACGAAGACCCCCAAAACGACGUCGCUAAGCUCCCCGUCUAAUCCCUCUUCGGUAUUCAAAUUCCCGCUAUUGUAUUUCUCGUAAAACUAGGGUUUCUAAUUAAACAGUGAUAAUCAUCGCCGAUGCGGCGUGGCGUGGCGUGGCGUGGGUAAUUGAAUUUUAGUAGUUUGUUAUUGUGCAUUUUCGAAGAAACACAUGUAUAUCAGAUUGUUGCUUAUAAAAAGAACUUAAGGUUUUGGUUUUUGA